AUGUCGAGGGGCAUCGGAAUCAAUUACUUUGCAAUGCCUUUCUCGUUGAUGCUAUUUUUAUCUUCCACCAUAUUCGGAGUUACAAAUGCCAUACCAUGGGCCGCAGCUGAACAGACAGCUACAUAUAAAGCAGAUGAAUGGUCACCGCGACCGACCAAUACGAUCACAAAGCCUCGAGAUCUUUUUAAGAGAGGCUCAAUCGAUGUUGAUGUAUGUGGGUGGAUUGGAGGAAACCUAGCUCAGCCUGUGGGUUGUGUAAGCGGAUCUUCAUGUAUUCAUGAUACUUCGCUGGUAUUUGUUGGGUGCUGUCCGACCUCUUCUGCUGGAGCAGAUCCUAUUCCUUGUACUGAUGGAUUAUACACCACUUGUAUCGACCAUAAUAGUGCUGGAUAUGCUCCAAAUUCUUUCUUAAUCAAUAAUGGUGUAUUAUCAUGCCCCGCUAGUUCAAGCUGUUACCAAAUCAAUUACCCACAAAGUUAUGUUCAAUUUGCAUGUGGUCCCUCAACGGCAAAUGUCACAGCAGCUACCACCUUUGCCGGUCAAGCUACGGAUCUUAACCUACAGAUUGUAUAUACUGGAGUCACAUUUAACCCAACAAUCACAAUCCAAAAUCCUAGUAAUUUUGGUGCUGCAACAUCAUUCCCAGUCUCUUCGACUGGAACUCCAACACAAUCCACAGCUUCGGCUGUUGCGGGUAAGGGGUCACUUACAGCUUCGGUUCCGGAAUCGUCAACUUCUGCAGCUACAGCAUCGAAUGGAAGUUCAAAUAUGGGGGCCAUCGUUGGUGGAACUGUUGGUGCAUUAGUUGUUAUCAUAGGAGCCUCAGUGGCAGCUUUCUUUUUCUUUCGCAAAAGAGGAAAUAAUCGAGUAUCGAGCGUGCCUCGUGGUGUAACUUCUCCAAGCCGUCCCUCGGAAGCAACUUUUGAAUCAGUUCCUAACCCAGCACCAUCUCUACAACCGAUUCAUUCUCCUGUUUCGUUUGGACUCCACUCCUCACAACCUCAAGACCAUUACUCUCAGAUGAGCGGUACCAAUAGCCUAGGUUAUGCACCUGUUUUCCAAUCUCCCUACCAUCGGCCCAUUACCCCUAUUGGACAUGAUGAACCCGUCGAAGCACUCACCCUCGACCUCUACUCCCGUAACCUUCGCUCGCCAUCUCCUAGACCAGACCCGUUCCAACCACCACACUCCGAAAGACUUCCAGAAUCAUACGACCCUUCUCGACCACGUAGUCCGCCCUCUUCAGAACCAUACAACCCAUCACAAUCACCCGAAUCUCAACAUGAUUACCUAUCUCAAUCUCCCGAACCCCAGCGCUACUACCACUUCUCCUCCCCAGAACCACAAGCCCUUCGACCCCGUCCCUCUCGCUCUCCACCUCAUUUAAGUACAUCCCCAGCUCCAAUCCAUAUCACAAACCCCUUCAUCCUCCCUCCUACCGCCGACCUCCCUCCACUCGAUAUUAUGGAAGACAUCCAAACCCCUAUUACCCCCAAACCUUCACAAGCAAAUUGGCACUUGGCUUUGACUGGCGAUCGCCGCACCUAUGCCCCCACCGAUGGCCUUUCCACAUCCGCCGACCACCAACAUGAACCCAUGCCUGCCAUGCCUGCCCUAUACGCCGACAUAACCACUGCCAUGGGUGCCGAAUCCAUGUCACCCCCCAAAGACUCCUUUCUACCACGCCAAUACUCCGAGUCGACCAAGCCCGGCACCCGUCGUAAUUUCUCGCGCAAAGGCCGAGCUGAAAAAGAAGGACUCGAAACUUCAAUCGAAGAUGAAGCUGAAGAAGAAGCGGCCAUGAGCAACAAUAUCCGACAGUCCGGAUGGGUACCUUUUGGAUUGAGAACGAGAGAUAGCCCGUCUCCCCAUUCUGCGCCGAGAAUGCCCGAUAGGAGGUUGGGGAGUGAUAACGAAGCACCAGCGCAGAGACAUCAGAUGGGUGAUCAAAGGGAUGAGGAAAUGCGCAUUGCGUAUAAUCCGAAUGCGUGUUCAAAUAAUGGACUCAUCGGACCACCGAGAGUGGUGAGGAUUGGAAGACAGCCCAGUCCGGUCAUAGAUCCCAAUGCCGUGGAAGGAGGUUGGCUGUGA